AACACGCUGACUGGUUCAUUCAGCAGCCUAAUUAGGACAUACAUACCUCCUCAAAUAUAUCCUUCAGAGAAGGAUAAUUAGUAGGGUCAGGAAUUUCCUCCUGUUAAAUUAGGCUGAAGAUGUAUGUGCAUGUGUUUGACUGUCUUCAUCACACACCGCCAGUGACGCAUGCUUUCAGGGACCUUUAAUACCUGCAGACACUGUGGUAACCAUGUGUCCUGAGGCUGUGCUCAGAGAAGUUGUGAAAUAUGGUUGUUAAUAUGUUGGUAACAAUGAUACUGUCUGCGCUCCUGAUGCUGCGGGGUCUUGGAGAGUCUGAUGUACAUGUCUUUGGUAAAUCAGUCCGCAGCGGUAAAACCUUGCUCAGCAGCAAUGACGGCACAUAUUCUAUGAGGAAACAGCCACACCAAGAGACUAAAAAUGAAAUCCACAGGAGCUUAGAUCUCGAGAGCUUCAAUAUACACGUGGCUCCCACCACCAGCAAAUUCAGCCUCCCAACCAUCAUCAGGUUCUAUCCGCCCACUGUCAAACCCCUCCACCUGCACGCCAACAUGCCGUUGCGCUUUGGGAGACAGAGUGAUGAAAGGACACCAAACUCCUCUCCCAACCUGCCCCAGAGGUUUGGAAGAUCCUGGGAGGCGAUUCGAGUGUGUGCAGAGUGCCCGAGCGUCAGACGAGCACCGAACCAACUGCUGUCUCAAAGAUUUGAGAGGAAUAGUCCCUACUGGAAGCUUCUGAGGACUGUGGCCAGUGAACAGUUAUUAAACACUGGUUUGCACUGGGCUGAAAACUUUGAUUCAACAACUACCUCAGAUGAAGAAACAGAGCUGGAAGAAAAAAAGAGUAAAGAGUGAUUUUUGUCUAUAGGGCUCUGUAGGAUGUAAAUAUCAACAUUUAUUGAUUUUAUUGUAUAGACAAGUGCUUAAAGUGAAACAUUUGAGGAAAAUCUUGUAAGUCUCUUUAAAUAAAGUUACACAUAUUGUGAUGGAAAGCACUUUGAAUAAAUUUUCAUAUUUCAUACUGAGUCAGAGAAAUUUUUCUCUUACAUCUGUCUUGACUUUGCACAGUUGACCUAGCAACGGUCAUGAGCAAUGUUUAAACCUCAGCCCUGCAAUCAC